AUGACUGUCGAAGAACAACCCGUCCAAGUCGUUGCUGCUACUGAAACAACAACUGCUGGCACUGAUGCCACUGUCAGUGGCACUAAAAGACCUAUUGAAGAAGUUGUUGCAAAGUCUGUAGACGGCAAUGACAAUGAGAAGGAAGAAGUGGAAGAGAAGGAAGAAGAAAAUGAUGAUGUUGAGGUGACUAACGAAGUUGGUGAGAUUGAAGAAAAGAAGAAUAAAAAGUUGAAGGUUGAUGAUAAGAAGGAAGAAGAAGAAGAAGAUGAUGAUGCAGUAGAUGAAAAGAAUGAAGAAGAAGAAAAGGUGGAAAAGGAUGAAGCAAAGGUUGAAAAGGAUGAAGAAGAAGAAGAGGAAGAAGAAGGUGAAGAGGAAGAAGGUGAAGGUGAAGGUGAAGAUGAAGAUGAAGAAGAAGGAAAGGCUGCAGCUGAAGAGGAGGAGGAUGAAGAAGAUGAAGAUGAAGAAGAAGCUGCUGCUGUUACUGAAGAAUAA